ACCUGUCUGACAACGUUAAGUUGCUAGUAGAUUAAAUACCCCAUACAGAUUAUACACGACUACUGAUCCAAAUCAACAACAUCGGAGAUAUUCUUGUUCCUGUUUUAUAUUAAUGUGCUGUAUAGAUACAGAACGUAACUUUACAUAAAACGGAAUCGGAAUAAAACAGGAAUCGUCAGAAUGUUUUGUGUACACGGCGUGGUCCUCAUACUGCUAUCCUUGGCCAUCAUUUUAAUUGGCGUAGACUCGCAAGGCGUCACGUGCCAGUGGAACUGGAUAUGGCAUAAUAACCACUGUUAUCAAUUAAGCAAUUACGGGACCACAUGGACCAAUGCACAGCAAGAAUGUCAGAGGCUUGGUGGUAACCUUGUAACUAUAGAAACUGAAUACGAAAACUCGUGGCUAAAGGGACUUGCAGGCCCAUCAGAUAACCCUUGGAUAGGAGCAAACGACCUAAUAGGAGAAGGGGACUGGAGAUGGGUCGCAGACAACUCUAAAGUAGCAUUCACAGACUGGGGAUCGGGUGAACCGACUGAUGCUGUAGGUAACCAAGAUUGUGCGCAUUUCUACAAUCAUUGGAAUGACAACAUCUGUACAAGUAGUUAUCGUUUUAUUUGCGAAAAAGAUGAGGAUAGAUGUCUCUCCCAUCCCUGUUUAAACGGAGGGACGUGUACCAGGUCAGGAUCAAACUUCAACUGUGGCUGUACAAAUGAAUACCAAGGAACCAACUGUCAGCUUCCAAGUCACUGUUACGGCCAGCCUUGUCAAAAUGGAGCCACGUGUCAAUAUACUGGAGGGAAUUACACAUGUACUUGUGCAAAUGGGUUUUAUGGGCGGAACUGUGAUAAUGUGGAUAGAUGUCUCUCCCAUCCCUGUUUAAACGGAGGGACUUGUACCAGGUCAGGAUCAAACUUCAACUGUGGCUGUACAAAUGAAUACCAAGGAACCAACUGUCAGCUUCCAAGUCACUGUUACGGCCAGCCUUGUCAAAAUGGAGCCACGUGCCAAUAUACUGGAGGGAAUUACACAUGUACUUGUGCAAAUGGGUUUUAUGGGCGGAACUGUGAUAAUGUGGAUAGAUGUCUCUCCCAUCCCUGUUUAAACGGAGGGACUUGUACCAGGUCAGGAUCAAACUUCAACUGUGGCUGCACAAAUGAAUACCAAGGAACCAACUGUCAGUUUAGUAAGUUUUCUUAA